AUGGCCCAGAGCCCAGCUCCAUGGGCAUCCCGAAUCCCCGGCCAGCCAGCCCUGGCCAUCAAUGCGUCCUCCGCCCCGGAGCUGGGGGGCGGCGGCUGGAGGAGCCGGGAGCCCUUCUCCAUCUUCAGCAUCCUCAUCCUCACCCUGCUGGUCCUCCUGACCAUCGCCACCUUCCUCUGGAACCUGCUGGUGCUGGUGACCAUCCUGCGGGUCAAGACCUUCCACCGGGUGCCUCACAACCUGGUGGCCUCCACCGCCGUGUCCGACGUGCUGGUGGCGGCGCUGGUCAUGCCCCUGAGCCUGGUGAAGGAGCUGUCGGCCGGGCGGCGCUGGCGGCUGGGCCGGGCGCUGUGCCACGUGUGGAUCUCCUUCGACGUGCUGUGCUGCACCGCCAGCAUCUGGAACGUGACGGCCAUCGCCCUGGACCGCUACUGGUCCAUCACCCGCCACCUGGAGUACACCCUGCGCGCCCGCCGCCGCGUCUCCAACGCCAUGAUCGGCCUCACCUGGGCGCUCUCCGCCGUCAUCUCCCUGGCGCCCCUCUCCGGCUGGGGCGAGACCUACAGCCCGGCGCAGCAGCGCUGCCAGGUCAGCCAGGAGCCCUCCUACACCGUCUUCUCCACCUGCGGCGCCUUCUACCUGCCGCUCUGCGUCGUGCUCUUCGUCUACUGGAAGAUCUACAAGGCGGCCCGGUUCCGGAUCGGCGGGCGCCGGAGCAACGCGGUCCUGCCGCUGCCGGAGCUGGGCCCGGUGAAAGAAGCUUCCCAUGAACCACAGAUGGUGUUUACAGCUCGCCACGCGACUAUCACUUUCCAGACAGAUGGAGAAACAUGGAGGGAACAGAAAGAGAAAAAAGCAGCUUUGAUGGUUGGCAUUUUAAUUGGAGUUUUUGUACUUUGCUGGAUACCUUUCUUUAUCACGGAAUUAAUAAGCCCCCUCUGUUCCUGCAACAUUCCACCGGUCUGGAAAAGCAUCUUUCUCUGGCUUGGCUACUCCAAUUCUUUCUUUAAUCCUCUGAUUUAUACAGCAUUUAACAAAAAUUACAACAAUGCCUUCAAAAACCUUUUUGUAAGGCAGAGAUAAAAGAGGGAUGGUUACAUUGCCAUGUAAUACACUGACUUAGUGGAGGAAAUAUGUGCCUGUGAAAUGUCUGAUUGUAAGGAGCAGCCGCUAUCUAAAGGGAUUUUGCAGCAGUGAAGAACUACACUGAACACCUGUGUGUUGGGACAUAAACCUACUUACCCUGUACAGUCUCCCACUGAAAUGCAUGUACACUGAGCUGUACUGAGGAAAGACGAUGAUAGAAGACUGAAAGGGUGAAUGUUUCCUUUCUCUAGGAUUUGAAUCGAUUUGUGCUAAAUUCUGGAAGAAGUUAAUUAAAAACAUCUAGCAUCACACUAAUCCCAUCUAACCAGACAACCCUAUCCAGCCAACUAUUGCUGCCAGGUAGUAGAAUCUUCUUAAUGGGCACAGGCAUCAAUGCAAACUCUGCCAGUGAAGCAAUAGCUCUUAUUGAUUGGUGCACAGUCCUGAUCCUAGUUUAAUUUUAGGAGUGUCUUGGGGAGAAAAAAAGACAUGCGCUUUGAUAUAUUUUUUGGUAAUAUUUGAAUAAAAUAAAUUGGACUAAGUUAUGCAGCCCUACUAGAGCAAGAACGCAGCCCGAGAUGAACCAAGGCCACAGCACUCAGGCUAGCAUUGGUCUACUCCUAUAAAUUAUAAUUAAAGAUGAACCCUGAGUUAACUGAAACUGAAGGUCAAUUAUGUCCCCUUAGGUUACAGGAGUUUUAGGGCCAGAUCCCCAAUUGGUGUAAAUCUGCACCAUUUCAAUAAAGUCAAUUUAUACCAGCUGAGAAGUUGGCCCUGAGGUUUUAUUCAUGCAGCUCUCUUAAGCUCUGCAGGGCUGCCACUCCCAGUUUUCUGCACCCAUGAGGAGCUCCAGGUUUGGGAUGUCCCCUGGUACCUUUGUACAAUUGGGGUUUACAUGUAUUAUUUUUUUAUAGCACUAGCAAGGUACAUUCACUCCUGUAAACAGGCUUGGCAGAAACACGUGCGCCACUUAUCUAUUUUUCUGUGUCGCUGCAGUGCACCUCACAGUCUGUUCUCUGGCCAUCAUCAAGUUAAUGAGCAUAUCUAUCAGGGAGCUGAUUGCAUGGAUUCUGCCGUCACACUGCAUAAAGCCACAGUAUUCUAGCAUCAGUUUUCUAAAGGAUUAGAUUCCACAUUUGGUUUUAUUAGGAGGGAUUCACCAGAGCAGCAUUAUUAAAUGCCUGUAGAGGAGGUUCUGACAACGAAAAAAUGAUGCCGAAUUUGUAAUCAGCCACGACUUGUUUUACUUUGCCUUUAACAAAACUCAUUGUAGAGUACCUGAAAAGGUUUCAUAGCACUGAGGGGAAGCCAAGAUGACCUCUCCCUUCUCACUGAAGACAACUUUCAUAGAAUUAAAACUGGAAUGGGGUGCUCUGUUUUUCAGAGAAUGUACAGAACUAGCGAUUUGUCCUCUCUUUUAUACACCACUCUUUGGGAAGGUCAGAGGAAAUAUUGCCCAAGCUCACAGCUCAACACUGGGUGAGUUCAGCCAGAGUGGUUAUAGGGGUAUUGUAGUCAUCUCGCCCCCAUGCAGACCAUGGGCAGCUAGGAUACCACCAUACUCCACCCUAGUGCAGCACAGAACUUCAGAGGGACUUAUAUAUGCCCCUCUUGAAUGUGACAGAAGCACACACUCCUCAUUGGAAGACUGGUGUUUCAUGAAGUUCUGGGAUAGCGGCUCUGGCUUGCAACACCAAACUCAGAGCGUACUAGGCAGGUCCAGGGAGAGACAUCAGGAUGCUAACUAGAAUCCAAGUAUAAACAAACCUCCAGCAGAAUGCUUUCCUUAUUCUCUGUAGUACUUUUAAAAUCUCUUUACUGCCAUAACCACUUAGGAGUUAACUCUGAGCAUUAGAAGAGAAAGGAAGACACGUCUCUUGUGGCCUUUCUGCUCUAGCUGAUAUUUAGAUCUAAAGUAAAUGGGAAGAGAAGCAGAAGAAUUAUGCACAAGGACCACAGAUGGGAGUUGAAGAGCAUAAGUCCACCACCAUUCUUCUCUUUCCUCUUGUGAUGCCUUGGGGAGUUAUGGGCUGCUGGCCCAUCAAUUUAAACACGAGGGGUUAAUAGAACAUUUUCAGGCCACGUUGCAGCUCCAAGUCUGCUGACUUCCAAGGCACACUGGAAAGUUUCUCUUUUUUACAGAUUUUCUCCCCAAAGAGUGUGGAGAUUUUUGGUAAGAAAUUGAGAUUCCGCUUUCUGCCAAGAGUGGGGGAAA